UUUUUUUUUAUAUUAUCCCGUUCCUUUGUAUAUAUACGUAUUCACCAACUAUUCAUUACAAACUUAUUCUUCUAUAUAUUUUAAAUAAAAAGGGUAAAUGUUAACCACUCCCUCAAUACCACAACCUCUACCUUUAGACCGAAAGUAUAAGGAUGCUUUCUUCAGCUACUGCAAAACGCAAGGGAUCCGUGCCUCUUUGAUUACAUUCUUGAUCUCAUACCUCUCUACAACUAUAUUUAUCCUACGCAUCACAUCUUUGAAAGGAUUACUAUGGACGUUUUUUCAACAAAAAGUAUUUAUCACUUCCCUUUUAUUUACUAUCAUCAUCACAGGUCUUGGAUUUUUACGAUUUACUCAAACUUCAGUAUGGCGUCCAAAAUAUCUAAGUGCCGGCACUGAAAUCAUCGCAGCUUUCCGUAAUCAAGAUUAUUACAUCAUGACAACUUGUUAUGCUUUGGCUGGAAUCACAAUGGUACGAUUGUGCUUUACAACACUGUUGGAAGAAUCAUACACAUCUCAUUGGUUUACUUAUCCUCCAGGACAUCGUGCUUAUGCAAGAGAAUUGAACAAGGAAAAUCUCUUUAUUACUUUUUAUGGUCUUCUUCUGGGUAUUGGGUUUUCUCUUCAAUGUAUCAUUGAGGAAAAGAAUAUCCUUCGUAUUUCCCCUAUUCAACAACCAAAAGGAGCAGCUCUCAAAGCAAGUAUGUCAACCUUGAUUCAUUCUAGUUGGAAAUAUGCUGGAAAGAUGCUAGUCAUCUCUUAUAUCCUCUUUAUCUUCUUCAAUGGCAUGAUAUAUUAUAUGGUGGCACCUUUUAUUGGACUUUUCUGGUCAAGUUUACUUGUGACACCUGUGGUUCGGUUCCGAUGGUACGAUCUCUACUUGAUGAUUCGUAUGAUGAUGACUGGUUCCUUUGUGACUUUUGGAUGGGAAAUUGGCAAUCGUGUAUUUGAUGUUGUUUUUGCUGUGAUUCCUAAUAUUUCUUUGAUGUCAACCCAACCCAAUGCUUGUUUACUGGAUGGACUACGUAAUAAGGACAACCUUUCAUGGAUUCGAUCUACAGCUUAUGGCGAACUGGCAUUGUUAGCUACAAAGGAACCUGAUCGACGUAUUAGUUUAUUUUUGGAUACUAGUCAUGACUUUACAUCCUCAGCUUGGAAAAGUCUUUCUCAAGAAUGCAUGUUAACUCUCAAUACACUUCGACAACGUUUAAAUGAUGAAUAUAUGGACAAGAAAACAUUGGAACAACAAAAACAACAACUAUCUUUUAGUCAAAAUGGUGGCACAGAAAGACAUUUUACCAGUAUACAACGGGUGACAUUACAAGAUGAUGAUAUGUUAGUGAAUGAUGAUGAUGAUGAUGAUCUGAAUAGUCGACGAUUGGAUGAUAGAACUCCAGAAUUAUUCUUAUCACAAAUGCAAAUGACGGAUGCAUCAAUACAGCACACACCAUGGGCAACAACAAAACAUUUACCCGACGACAAAUGGGUGACUUUACCGAGGGAACUGGUUAGAAAAGGAAUCCACAAAAUCACUCAAUCCAAUUUCGUUCGCAACUUGAUGGUGGUGACUAUUGAUCAAAAGACUCGGGCUCAUUUUAGCAAUACACCAGAUCUGAUCUAUGCUAUUCAAGCACUAGGAAGUUUGACGGCAGCUUCAUUGAAAGAAGAUCCAUAUGGAUAUGUACAACAUGACAUUCCCAAUGUAUUAGAUACUUUAUUGGGAACUUUGAUGGAUGUAGAACAUUUUAUACAAGCACCACCAAAAUCUUACCAAUCUUUACCCCAUUUAACUAUUGGACCUGUCUUGUGGACUGAACCCAAUGCUGUUAUUAGAGCUUUGAAUGAUGCCAUAUUUGAAAUUACAACUACAUUCAAGGAAUACAUGAAUCGUAUUAAAGUACAAAAGAAAUAUCAAGCCAGAUUACGUACAUACAUUUAGAUAGCUCCCUUUUUUUUUUAUCAUAUAAUAUAUCUUUUAUCAUCAUUAUUUGUGUAUUAGACUCUUUUGAAUAAAAAAAGAAAUACAAUG